UUACCACGUGGAUAAAAAUUUAUGACAGCUGCCUCAAAUUAUUCCUACUAAUAAUACAAUGUUUAAGUUAAUAUGACUGCAUUUAAUCUGUAUCUAUGGCUGUUUAAAUUAUAUUUGUAUCUAUAAAGUGGGAGAAAAAUAUAUAAAUGACAAGACUGGAAAAGUAGCUGAAAGACUUGAAUAAAAUUUCUAAGGUUUAUAGUGUACGGUAGUGUGGACGUGUGAAGCAGGUGCGAAGCGGUCUCAUGUGAUACACUGUGCACUGAGGCAAGGACGAAGAAGGCGGAAAAAAGGAAGUGAAGGACCCUCGGUGGAAUUUCUUCAGCCAACUUUGCGAAACGAUGAAAAUGGGAACGUGUGGGUUCGCAGUAUGGAUGCUUCUUAUCUGUUUUAUCGGUGAUGUGCGACCACAAUACAGAGAUAAGAAUAUAAGCACGGCGGAGACAGACGCGGUACAGGCACUCUUGGCUCGGUAUCUUCAGCGUCGCCUUCAGGGCUCUCAGCUAUCAACGCCGCCACCGCCGUCAGUCCUCUUCAGUAACAACCAUCGGACCCGCGUCCGACAGGCCACCCAGCAGAGGAGCCUGACUGGUAAUACUCUGUCACGAAAUGUCAGCGACAAGGACGGGGAUCAGAGCCCCGUCCCUGAGGAUUACGAUGAUUACGAAGAUGACCUUGAGGGCUACGAGGACAGCGAGAGGAGCAGAACCAGAUUUAAUCUUCUGGCUGACGACUGUCCAAAUUGUGUGGACGAGCAUAGCGGCAGCUUAGCGGCUUCAAGAUGGACGAUGCCCCUGCUGAAACUGGGCGAGAAGAGGUACUAUCUGGGGAUCUUCUUCAAGGCAAAUUGGUACAGAGCUUCGCAAUAUUGUCGUUAUCACGGGAUGCAUCUGGCAAGUAUAGCUUCACAGGAAGAGAACGAUAGGCUUGAGAAGCAUAUCAAGGACUUCGGUCUCGGUCAUGAACACUUUUGGACGUCUGGUACUGAUCAGGCUGAGGAAGGAACCUUUUUCUGGAUGGCUAAUGGCAGGCCGAUCACGUUCGAGAAUUGGAAUGUCGGCGAACCAAAUAAUUUCCGAUAUGAGAAUGGCGAAGAGGAACAUUGCCUGGAGCUCUGGAACAGGGACGGCAAAGGUCUCAAAUGGAACGACAGCCCCUGCAGCUUCGAGACUUUCUUCGUCUGUGAAGUACAAUGAGUUUGUGUGAUAGGCAAGGGACGGGAAGGACUAUACCAUGCGAGGGAACAUUCCCGCGACACUCGUAGCGUAUCUUUUAGAUGAUCCUCGAGAAAGCUGCGUGUAACAUUCUCGUUGGUCAUCCGUUUGUUUUUACGGACUUAGUAAGAGAAAGAGAGAGAGGGAGAGAGAGAGAGAAAGAGAAAAAUUUGAAAUGUGACAUGUGCGCUCGGACUGAAAACUACGUGCGAUUAGCCAGUCGCUACCGUUGUCACGUUCGCGCAUCCGACAUUUACGUGUGCGCGAAAUGACAUCCAGUUGAGUCAGUUCUUUUCGUAAAAGUAUCACCAGGCGACAGACCAUGCGUCGGAUAAAUCCGCAGUGUCGGACGAUAAAAACGAUUCGCUCAUCUUUUGUACAGAAGCGAUUCUUUGGAGGGAUGCUGGAUUACAUGCAGUGUACUCCGAAGUUCUUGCGUAUUUUUAAAAGAUCUUUUAUUUUAAAUUUAAAAGCAAAUAUAUAAUUAUUAUAUAUAUUUUUAUUGUUUUAGUUAAAAAAAAAGAAAAAAUGUUAGAUUAAUUUUUUGUAUUUUUAUAUAUUCCAGUGGAUAAAUUUAUAUACUGCUGUUUGUGUUUGUAAGAACAAAGUAUUUUAUCAACGGAUUAAGAUUUACAAUUAGAUGACUAUCAAUAUACUUGUCCAUGUUUUUCAGAUAUAAUGAUAAUGCUGCUUAUAAAGUUCUUUCAAGUCAGCGAUGUACGUAUUGCAUAUCAACGCGUAAAACCUUCAUUGCAAUCGAUGGAUCGAUUAAUUAACAUAAUUUAAUGAUUUAGAUAUUGUUUUUCUAUUAAAUUUAAAUAAAUAAAAAUUAUAAAAUAGAUAAAUAUAAAUGUAUUACUGUUAUAAAUUAUAUUCUUGUGUUUGUUUUAAUUAUGAAUGCUAAUUACUCUUAUGUUAUGAUUUAUUUAUUCAAGACGACCGAUUCUUGUUUCUAUUCUUCGAUUAUACAGCGAAUCUGAAAGUUUUUGACGCUUGGUGAUACACUAUUAAAAAAAUAAGGAACACUUUUUGUUAUGAAUCUUGAAUUUUUCGAGAGAAAUUUUUUUAUCGAACUGCAGAAUGUUAAAAUUACGUAAUUUUAAGGAACAAAACAAUGUGUUCUUUUUUAAAGAAUAGAACAAGAAAAAUAAAAAGACUUUAAAAAACCACUGAUAGCGUGUUAAAAUUGAAACUUCAAAAUGCUUUUUUAAUUUUUUAUCUACAAUGAUUUCUUGUCGAGUUUCAGCGAUUCGAAGAUAGCCAAAUUUUUAAGAUAUGAAAAGUAUUCCCUAUUUUUUUUUCUUUUUAAGUACUGUAUAUUGAUUAAUCAAUUCUUCAAUAAAAUAUAGAUUAAUUACCACAUAUAAAUGUUAACUACAUCAUAAUCUUUAGAUGAAUUACGAGUAAUAAACGUGUACGAAAAAUUAUUUGGAUCGUGCAUAUAUUGUUGCAAAUAUAUCUUUAAUAUUGAAUCAAAAAUUAGAUAAUUAUUUAGCGAUUAAGAUAAUGAUUCACCGAUUUAUGCACGAAAUAGUUAAACCGAGUAGUUUCUUUCGGUAUCUGCUAAUUUCACGAGUCUAUGCGACUCUUCACUAAGUUUUAAAUUUUUUUGUUACUUAUACCAACAUUAUAAAUAACAUAUGUGUAUGUAUAUAAAUAUGCGAAUUUGUAUAUAUUUAAGCCAGAAUAGAUAGUGAUUUGCUGCUAGUAUAAUAUUAAUAUUAGCACGAAUAAACCAAAAGAUUCUAGUAAUGCUGCUAGUAAUAAUGCAUUCUGAUAUUGAAAACUGCAGCCCUUCGAAUACUUAUUAUAUGUACAUUGAGAUUUCUUUGCAAAACAUAUUU